AAGAUCAGACAGUUUCACUUUCAUUUCAGUCACAGAACCGAACGAGAAACAAAUCUUUAAACAGAAAACUGAACAAACUACAGACAGAGGAGUGAAGGAGCUUCACAUACUGAAGUCUGGAUGAAUGAACAUGUCUGAAAAUUACUACAAUAUCUUACAGGACGAUGAAGAGAGACGUCAGGAGUCAGAGAAGAAGAUCAGAUGAAGACUGAAGAAAGAGACGAAUAUCAACAUGUCCACCAGAAUGUUUGUCGUCCACAAUCCUCCUCGCAGGAGAAGACGGAGCAGAGACGAACCUCCUCUGAUGAGGAUUGUUGUUCUGGGGAAGAGUGUGUCUGAAAAUAGUCUGGUGGGGAACUUGAUCUUAGGACGAGCAGCGUUUGACAGUGAAGCUCCUCCAGAUGUUGUAGAGAGAGUCGGAGGAAGACUGAAGGACAGACACCUGAUCAUCAUCAACAGUCCUCAGCUUCUCCAGAGGAACAUCUCAGAUCAGCAGAUCACACACACAGUGAGAGAGUGUGUGUUUUUCUCUGAUCCAGGGCCUCAUAUCUUCAUACUAGCACUGCAGUAUAAAGACUUCACUAAGAAGGACUUGAGAAGAGUGAAAUAUGUGCUGGAAACAUUCAGUGAAGAGGCCAUUAAACACACCAUGGUGCUCACGACUGAUGACGAGACUGAUAAAUGGGCAUCUGUGAAAGCUAAUGAAUUAAUUCAACAAUUAACUGCAGAAUGUGGAGGAGGACAUGUUCAAUUUAAUAACGAAAUAGAGGAAUGGUGCUCUGUAAUAUCAGAACGACUGGAGAAGAUACUUGGAGAAAACCAUGGAGAAUUUCUUACAUGUGAAAUAUUUUACGAUGCAGAAGAAACACUGCACUGCUGGAUGAAGAUCAGAGCAGAUCUUUAGCUUCACUCAGAAUGAAGAAGGAAGAUUCUGAUGGUGUAAGUGUCACCAGAGAAGAGAAGCUGAACUUGGUGUUGUGUGGAAGUGAUGAAAACCUGAAGAAAUCCUUAUUAAAACUAAUAGAAGAGAAGAGGAGAGAUGUGGAUCUUCAUGAUCGUCAGAUCAGUGUGAUAGAGCUUCCAGCUCUGACUGGUCUCUCAAUAGAGGAAGUGAUGUGUCAGUCUCUCCGCUGUGUGUCUCUCGGUCAUCCUGGAGUUCAUGUUUUCAUCCUCAUUAUUCCUGACGCUCCUCUCAAUAAUGAAGACAGAGCAGAAACAGAGAAGAUCCAGAAGAUCUUCAGCUCCAGAAUCAACAAACACAUCCUGAUCCUCAUAAAGCAGAGCUCAGAGCGUCAGACAGAAGAACUCAGUGAAGAAACACAGUCUGUCAUUCAGAGGUUCGGAGGAAGACAUCAGCUCUUUGGUCCCAAAACACAGGUGUCCACAUUGAUGGAGAACAUUGAGCAGAUGCUGGAAGAAAACAGAGGAGAGUGUUUCUCCACAGAGAUGUUUCUGGAGACACAGAUGAAGAAACUGAUGAAAUAUGAAGAGAUGAAGAAGAAAACUGACUCAUUAGAGACACAUUUACUCUCACAAGGUUCAUCAGAGAAAGAAGAUGAGCUGAGGAUUGUGCUUCUGGGAAAAACUGGAGCUGGGAAAAGUGCGACAGGAAACACAAUCUUAGGAAGAGAAGCAUUUACAGCAGAAGAAUCGUUUGAAUCAGUGACUAGAGAGAGUCAGAGAGAAUCAUGUGAAAUCAACGGUCGACGUGUCACUGUGAUCGACACUCCAGGACUGUUUGAGACUGAACUCAGUAAUGAGGAGAUCCAGAGAGAAAUCACUCACUGUGUCUCCAUGAUCCUGCCUGGACCACAUGUGUUUCUCUUACUGGUUCCACUGGGACGAUUCACUAAAGAAGAAGAAACAUCAGUGAAGAUCAUCCAAGAGACCUUCGGUGAAAACUCAUUAAUGUACACCAUGGUGCUCUUCACCCGAGGAGACUUUCUGAAGAAGAAGACCAUCGACCAGUGUUUGGGAAAACCUGGAUCUCCUCUGAUGAAGCUGAUCGAAGCGUGUGGAAACAGAUAUCAUGUGUUCAAUAAUAAUCAGCCUGAAGACCGAACACAGGUGACUGAUCUACUGCAGAAGAUAGACGACAUGCUGAAAGAGAAUGGAGCGAGUUUCUACUCAUGUAAGAUGUUCAGAGAGAUGGAGAGAGAGAAACAAGAACUACAGAUCAAGAUCCUGAUGGACAGAGUCCGAGAAAGAGAGGAGGAGAUGGAGAAACUGAACAGAGAAAGAGAGGAAGAGAUGAAGAAACUGAACAGAGAAAGAGAGCAAGAGAUGGAGAAACUGAAGAGAGAAAGAGAGCAAGAGAUGGAGAAACUGAAGAGAGAAAGAGAGCAAGAGAUGAAGAAACACGAAGAAGAGAAAGAGAGAAUGAACAGAGAACGAGAAGAAGAGAUGAAGAAACAUGAAAAAGAGAAAGAGAGCAUGAAGAUGAUGAUGGAGGAAGAACGACAGAAUCAGGAUAAAGAGAGAAAGAAAAGAGAAGAGGAACUGAGAGAAAGAGAAGAACGAUCUAAAAGAGAAAUGAAGGAACAGGAGGAGCACAUGAGAGAUGAGAUGAAAAGUGUGAAAGAGGAGUAUAAAAAUGAAAUAAAGGAAAUGAGGAAAGAAAUUGAGAUUAUAAAGAAAGAAAAAGAAAAUCUUCAGAUCAGGUAUGACACAGAAACAGACAGAAUGAUGAACAGAAUAGAGAAAGAACGACAGAAUCAUGAAUCAGAGAAAAGGAGAAGAGAAAAAGAGUUUAAUGACAGAGAUGAGAGAUAUAAAAGAGAAAUGAAGGAACAAGAGCAGAUGAGAGACGAGAUGAAAAGAGAAAGAGAGAUGAUUAAAGAUGAAAUGAGUCUAGAAAAAGAGACUGUGAAGAAAGAAAAAGAAAAACUACAGAUAGAAAUAUAUAGACUGAUGAACAGAAUAGAGAAUGAACGACAGAACCAUGAAUCAGAGAGAAAGAGAAGAGAAGAAGAGUUUAAUGAGAGACAAGAGAGAUAUAAAACACUAAUAACAGAGAAAGAGAGAGAGAUGAAAGAGGAGAUGAAGAGAGAACGAGAGGAAUGGGAGAAACAGAAACAAGAGGAAAAGAGGAGAAGAGAAGAAGAGGAUGAGAGAAGACGAGUGCAGUGGAGAGAGGAACAUGAGAGAGAGAGAGAGAAGAUGAUGAUGAAGAUCUGCUCUGAAACUGAUCCUUCACUGAAGGUCUCAGCUUACAGGAAACUGGAGACAGAAUACAGGAAGUGGUGCUGGAGUCUCCGCAGAGCCAUGAUGGAAACUAAGAACAAACUACACAACAGAAUAUUAAAUGAAGUGAUUCAUGAGAUUGAAGAAACCGAUCUUAAAAUAGAACUGAAGAAGACAAGUGAAGAAGUGGAGAAAUCAAUGUCUGAAUUCUUUGAGAAACACAGAUAUAAAUAUAUACUGAUUCAGUGGAAAACAUCAUUUGAAAUCAAAAUCAGAGAUCUUCAAGAAAACAUUGUGAGAGAAACACAGAGAAGAUUAAAUGAGGUUCUUCAGCAGCGAGACCUGAAGAAAGAGAUUGAUGCUCUGAGAAUACAUCAUGAAAACACUCUCUGUGAAAAGAGCAAACAACUCGCCUUAAAACUCAGAGACAGAACAAAUGAUGAAGAAACACUGAAGAAAGAGUUUGAUGUGUUCUGGGAACAGUGGAUGAAGAAGAUCAUCAGAGACACUCCUCUAAUCAGAGACAUUGAUAUGAUGAGAGACGUGAGAGAGAUACUCAGUGAGAUCUAUGAAAGUGUUCCUGUAAAUCACUGAAGAGAGAGCAGGAAUAUUUUAUCUGUGCAGAGUUAUUCAGAUUAUGUGAGGCUUAAGAGAUCCAGUGAAUUUACAGGAGCUUUGAAACAUGCCUACAGAUCAGCUAAAGAGGUGUUGGGUUAUAUUCUGUCUCCAGAGGAUGAAUCUCAGAUCAGAUCAUUCGUCACAGAUGUUGUUCAGCAGACAGACAGAAUGAUUCAGUCAUUUAACAUCUCAAAGAAGGGCUACAACAUCAGCUGCCUUCAACAAAUCACAGACUACAUCAAGACAAGAGUAACACAACAUGAGGAAGAACAAGUGAGAUAUGUGUUCAAGAAAGAGUUCUUCAGGGAUUUGGUUCUGUCCAUCUGUGAGAGAGAAAACAAGACGAUCACUGACCAACACACACUGUUCAGAGAAGACAAUGAUCCUGUAAUAUAUGUAGAGAAGAAGAGAGAGGAAUACUAUAGUGUUUUCCAGAAAUACUGUCAUGGAGCCGCAUCAGCUGCUAUGUUUGGAGAGAUCAUCUGUCAGAAACUGAAAGAGCCGAUUGAACAGAGCGUCUACAAGAAGACUGCCAGAGAUAUAGCAGAUGAAAUGAGAUCAAACUGUGAAUCACUGAAUGGAAACAGAUCAAAUCUGGAGAAACACAUCCUGAAGAGACUGGCAGAAGAGGAGGACUUCGACAAAUACAUGAACUACAUUCAUCAUCCCAGAGAUCACUUCAAGAGUUUCAUCAGAGAUGAAGUCAGUCGGUACAUCACUGAUCAGUUCAGUCUCAGUGUUUUACCCAAGAUGAAGGAGAACAUUAAACUCCUGGAGCAGAAGAUCAUGAGAGCAGCUCAUCAAUCUACUGAAUGUGUUCAAGAGAACAGAGAUGAAUCUACUGAACGUGUUCACGAGAACAGAGAUGAAUCUACUGAACGUGUUCAAGAGAACAGAGAUGAAUCUACUGAAGAUGUUCAAGAGAACAGAGAUGAAUCUACUGACCGUGUUCAAGAGAACAGAGGAGAUGUUGGUUUGUGGUUGAAGAGUUUCACACAGCAGAUCUCAGAUGAUCUGAUCUUCUCUGAGAAACACCUCAGUGGAGUCAAACAUGAUGAUGUUGAUGAUCUCAAUCUCCUAGAAGAUGUGAUAAAGAGAGAACUUCCUGCUAUAAUGUCUGAGAUCAGCAGGAGAUUCAACAGAAAGUCAUUUGAUGAAAAACUGGACCUUAAAUUCAGACCAGAUGGGCUUCUGAUAGACCUCUUCUGUCAGUGCUGUUGGGCUCAGUGUCCGUUCUGUGGAGCCACCUGCACCAACACCACAGAAGACCACCCUGGAGAUCACAGUGUUCCCUUCCACAGAGUCACUGGAGUUAAUGGACAUUUCUACAGAGGAACAACAAACCUGUGUAUUAACAUCUGCACAUCAGAUGUAGCAAGUGAUCAAUGUUUUUAUCUCGAUGGAUCAGAUGAUAGAGUCCUCUAUAGAGAGUACAGAAGAGCAGGAGGAGAUUAUGAAGACUGGAGCAUCACUCCUGAUCUCUCUGAACUGAUCUACUGGAAGUGGUUUGUGUGCAGAUUCCAGAGAGAUCUGGAGAAACACUAUGAGAAAACAUUUGAGAGGGGUGGAGAGAUACCAGAUGAAUGGAGAAGAUCCACAAAACAUGAUGCCCUUGAGAGUUUGGAGAAAUACUUUUAAAAUAUAUAAACUUGUAAAGCAAAACAACACUCUUUAAGACAGUUACAAAACAAUAUAAAUAUGCU